UCUCUCUCUCUCUCUCUCUCUCUCUCUCUCUCUCUUUCCUACUUGUUAUUGUGUUGUUGUUGUUCGCCAUUUCUCUCUCUCUCUCUCUCUCUCUCAUAGCAAAACCACAAAUGAAGUGUCCAGGUGAUCGAUCUUAUUCUGCCUCAUUCUUUUUGAACUUUUUUGAAAAAGAAAUAAAACAGAAAGCAAAUCCCUUAAAACAUUGAAUAUUUAUUUGGUUAAAUAUUUUUUUAUUUUGGUAUAUUUUCCAUGUUCGUUCCGUCGAAACUUUCACUCUGAUCUGAACCUUUGAUUUUGAUGUGGCUCGCAUCGUUCUGAUUUCGAAUCAGGGCAUGAUAUCUCGGAUUUCUGGAGAGGGACUGCUGCAUUUGAGUAUAAGAAACUGCGUUAUGCCGGAAAAUCCUAUUAGGAUGAAAUUAUGAUGCUUUACUUGAAGAAGUGGCAAAGGAUACAUCAAUGAUGUUUAAUUGGUGACAGUGUUUUUUGGGUGGUUUGUAUUUUCUUCAUUGAAAAUGGAAGAAAAUCAAAUUAAUCUAUAGUGCUUUGGAUACAUAAACCAGAAUCUCAAUGGCUAGCGUUCAUAAUGAUUCCCAGAAAGAUGAAAAUUCUAAAGAACUUAUUUUCUUGCACGGUGAAUUGGAUUUGUGGAUUUUAGAAGCUAAAUCUCUUCCCAAUAUGGAUUUAGCUUCGGAGAGAAUGAGAAGGUGUUUGACCAUGUUUGGAACUUGCUCUUCUCCCUUUGGGAAAAGACCACAUCCAGGAAGCCAUUCAAUCAUUACAAGUGACCCUUAUGUGUCUGUAUGCCUUGCAGGCGCUACUGUGGCUCAAACUAGAGUAAUACCCAACUGUGAAAAUCCUCUGUGGGAUGAGCAUUUUUGUGUUCCUGUUGCUCACCCCGUCGCGAAAGUGGAGUUUCAUGUCAAAGAUGAUGACAUUCUUGGAGCAGAACAUAUUGGAGUGGUUGAGAUUUCUGCUGAUAAGAUUGUUUCAGGAAACAAAAUCAAUGACUGGUUUCCGAUCAUUGGCCAUUAUGGAAGUUGUUUGAAACCUUAUCCUGAAUUACAUGUUUCCAUUCAGUAUAUACCAGUUGGAGAAAACUCUCUGUAUAAGGAUGGUGUUGGCGCUGGGCCAGAGUUUAUUGGAGUUCUUAAUACUUAUUUUCCACUCCGGAAAGGAGGGAAUGUGACUCUUUAUCAAGACGCUCAUGUACCUAAUGCUGCACUACCUGACAUUGUACUAGAUACUGGAGAAGUUUACCAGCACCAUCAAUGCUGGGAAGACAUAUGCCAUGCCAUUUUGGAAGCUCACCACCUGAUAUACAUCGUUGGAUGGUCAGUGUACCAUCGCGUUAAGCUUGUGAGAGAGCCAACGAGACAAUUACCAGCUGGAGGAGAGCUAUCUUUUGGAGAAUUGUUGAAAUACAAAUCUCAAGAAGGGGUUCGUGUAAUUAUGCUGAUUUGGGAUGACAAAACUUCACAUGACAAAUUUCUAUUGAAAACAGAAGGUGUCAUGCAGACCCACGAUGAGGAAACUAAAAAGUUCUUCAAACAUUCUAGUGUUCAUUGUGUUCUUUGUCCCCGUUAUGCAAGCAAUAAGCUUAGCAUCUUCAAGCAACAGGUUGUGGGAACCCUUUUUACACAUCAUCAGAAGUGUGUGAUUCUUGACACUCAAGCUGCUGGAAAUAACCGAAAAAUAACUGCUUUCAUUGGUGGUUUAGAUAUCUGCGAUGGCAGAUAUGACACUCCUGAGCACAGACUCUUUCAUGAUCUUGACACUGUCUUCCACAAUGACAUCCACAAUCCUACCUUUUCAUCUAAUUCCCGUGGCCCAAGGCAACCAUGGCAUGAUUUACAUUGUAAAAUUGAGGGUCCUGCUGCAUACGAUAUAUUAACAAAUUUUGAACAAAGAUGGAAGAAAGCUAAAUGGCGUGACUUCAGACUCAAGAAGGUCACGCCUUGGAAUGAUGAUUCCUUGAUAAAACUAGACCGCAUUUCAUGGAUACUCACUCCCUCUCCUGGUCCUGAUGGUGAUCAAGUUGUACGUGUUAAUGAUGAAGAAGACUCUCAAAAUUGGCAUGUGCAGGUAUUCAGAUCUAUUGAUUCAGGAUCUGUUAAGGGCUUUCCAAAAGGUUUUCAGGAGGCUGCAGCUCAGAAUCUUCUUUGUGGAAAGAAUUUGAAAGUAGAUAAGAGCAUCCAUGCUGCAUAUGUGAAAGCAAUAAGAUCAGCGCAACAUUUCAUAUACAUAGAGAAUCAGUAUUUUAUUGGAUCUUCAUAUGAUUGGCCAACAUACAAAAAUGCAGGUGCAGAUAAUGUGGUGCCUAUGGAGCUAGCCUUGAAAAUUGCUGAAAAAAUCAGAUUAAGUGAACGUUUCUCUGUUUACAUUGUAAUUCCCAUGUGGCCAGAGGGUGUCCCAUCUAGUGCUGCUGUUCAGGAGAUUCUAUUCUGGCAGUGGCAAACAAUGACGAUGAUGUACAGGAUAGUUACACAAGCUCUUGAAAGUGUAGGUCUUUCUGAACAGUACCAUCCGAGGGAGUUUUUGAACUUUUACUGCCUUGGGAAGCGUGAAGCUUCAUCUGCAUCUUCAUCUUCAUCGUCUUCAGAAAUUUCCCCUCGUACAAAUCACAAUCAGCAUACAGAAAACCGUUCGUCGUCAUCAUCAGCUCGUAAGCAUCGUCGUUUUAUGAUUUACGUCCAUGCUAAAGGGAUGAUAGUUGAUGAUGAAUAUGUAUUAAUGGGAUCUGCAAACAUUAACCAAAGAUCCUUAGAUGGUUCAAGAGACACAGAAAUUGCAAUGGGUGCCUAUCAACCAAAAUCCACAUGGGCUGCAAAAAAUACACAUCCACAUGGACAGGUAUAUGGUUAUCGGAUGUCUUUGUGGGCAGAGCACCUUGGAGAGCUUGAAGAUUGUUUCCAAGAACCAGAGAGUCUCAGAUGCAUGAAGCGUGUAAACAAGAUUGCCAGAAACAACUGGAACGCAUUUGUGGCUGGUGAGGAAGGAUCAGAGACAAUGGUGGGACAUUUAAUGCAGUACCCAGUUGAGGUUAGCAGGAGUGGGAAAGUUUCUUCAUUGAGAGACUGUGAAUCAUUCCCUGAUGUUGGUGGUAAAAUUCUUGGAUCGCCAAGCACUCUUCCUGAUGCUUUAACAACAUAACCACAAAAUAUUUACUUCAAUGUAAAAGCUCCAACAACAAGUGGAACAAAGACAAACAAUAUACUUUUUUAAGUAUCAAAACAAAACAAGAUUUUACUAUAGUCUUAUGGUUUUGAUGUACAGAGAGAUUAAUUUUCAAAUUAUGAUUUACGAUACGGUUAAUGGUUACUAUCUGUUUGAUACGUUUCCAU